AUAAUAGUUAGUUUUUAAAAAUUGACAAUUAAAAUUGUCAUUCACAGUCAUUCACUGUUGUGUGGGUUCGCUGUGCAUUAGUGUUUUCUGUUUCCGUUUUCUGUUUCCGAUUUCUACGUUUUUGCAUUCUCAUUUUGGACUUUUGUUUUGCUUUACGAUUUGUCUGGACAUAUUUUUCUUGGAACGACGACCUUUGCACGGCAUCACGGACUUUGAUAUACUUAGCAUACGAUUGGUAUUAUUUCUCAAGGAGUAAUCAGGAGGUAAGAAUGAUUUAGAUCUAUUACCUACAACGGAAAUCUAUUAGACGCACUUUAAUAUUGUAUUGCCCUCGUAACAAAUUAUUUGAAUAGAUCACAAUUACUGAAAUGUAUGUGUGUACAAUUAUAUUUGUUUUUAAGAUUAUACCUAAUGAGCGAGCCGCAGCCAGGUGCGUCGGGGACUGCUCCGCCGGCGCCGCCGCCGGUCAAAAAACGAAAAUUGGCUGUUAAAAAACAGUUAUCGCAAAGGGAGAAAAAAUUUUUGGUGAAUAUUUAUAAUCACUUGGAGAAAACCUCUCCUACAUACCCAUCAAAAAUGGAAUUAUAUAAAACCACCUCAAAAAUAAUGGACGUCUCAGAAUAUAUUGUUCGUGACGUAAUGAAACAUUACACACAAAAUCAAGAAGUACCCCAGCCUAAGGUAUUUAUAAUAUUAACUUAGCCAGCCUUUUUUUUAUCUUUUGAGCUUUACUUUAUGUUAUGAUUUGUGCCAUUUAAUAUUCUCAGUCUGUUUUUUAGGAGAGACCUGCAAAUCGAGCCAUAAUUGAUAAGUUAGAUGAUUUUAUCUUAUCUGCAAUAAGAAGAAAGGUUCAUAAAUUUUACUAUGAUGGGGAAUUGCCAACCAUUGCCAAAAUUUUUACAGCAGUCAAUGAAGAUGACAGCCUACCAAAUUUUACAUUCGGUACAAUGUAUAGAAUAUUGAAGAAAUUAAACUUCACAUACUGCAAGCGAUCAAGAAAAAGCAUUUUGCUAGAUAGACCUGACUUACAAAUUUGGAGGGUGAAUUAUUUGUUGAAAAUCAAUGAAUACAGAGAGCAAAAUAAAAAGAUUUAUUAUUUGGAUGAAACAUGGCUUAAUGAGGGGCACACCUGCAAUUAUGUGUGGAUGGAUAAUGACAUCAAGAGUAGUAGACAGGCAUUCUUGGGAGGCCUUUCAAGUGGCUUAAAAAAUCCUCAGAAAGGAAAGAGGCUGAUUAUCACACAUAUAGGGAAUGAAGAUGGUUUUUUAGAAGGCGCAGAUUGGGUUUUUGAAGCAAAAAAGUCAGAUGGCGAUUAUCACGGGGAAAUGGAUGCUCAUAAUUUUGAGAAAUGGUUUAAGAUGGUUUUAGACAAAAUUCUGCCGGGAUCUGUAAUUGUAAUGGAUAAUGCUCCAUACCAUUCUCGCCAACUCGAACGAGUGCCCAACAUGAGCUGGAGGAAGGAUGCUAUACAAGAAUGGUUACGAAGCAAAAAUAUAGCUUUUGAAACAAGGGAAAUAAAAGCACAGUUACUCACAAAAUUUGAUAAAAAAAAAUAUGUUUUAAAAUACGUUGACGAGCUCGCCGCAUCGAAAGGAGUAACUGUGCUUCGCCUUCCUCCCUACCACUGCGAACUCAACCCAAUUGAGCUCAUUUGGGCACAGGUUAAGUCUUAUGUUGGGAGAAAUAAUAAAUCUUUUAAAAUGGCGGAAAUAAAAACUUUAUUAAACGAAGGGUUUGCGAGAAUCGGAGCCAAACAAUGGUCGAAAUGUGUAAAUCACGUCCUAAAGGAAGAGGAAGAACUGAAAAAGCUCGACGGCAUUUUAGACACAACAAGCGAUGACACAGUGGUUCCAUUAAUAAUUGCAGUCACCGGCGACACUUCUGAUAGUGAUGAUGACGAAGACGAAGAUUUAAAUUUGUAAAUAAAUAAACACUUUUUUAUAUAUAAUCAGUUUUAUUUUAUAGUCUAUGGCUUAUAUAUUUAAUCUAUUUAGUCAGUUUUAUUUUAGUACCUAUCCUACUAUGGGCCAUAGUCUAUGACUUAAAAUUAAAAUAAUUAGAAAAAUUUAAUUAGAACACUAUGACAUCACUAUGGGCAUAAACAAUACGCUGUCAAUGUCAGUCCGCCAUAUUUGUUUACAUGAUUGUUGGUUUCUAUUUCAAACGACUG